UUGCUGAUAUGAGGCUACGGUGAGUCAGAGAGUGUCAGAUCCUGAUCUUCAGGUCAGUGGGGUCCCAACUGACCAGUGCCAGGCUGCAGCACUGUCCUGCUACCCCAGAGGGGUGAGCAGCUGGGAGGUGGGAGCACUGUGUUCCCUGUGUGAGGGAGGAGCUCCCUAUAUGGGAGCAGGACCAGGCAGUGCAAGGCUGUGCCCACACUGGGGUCCCCAGGGUGGUGUGGAGGGUCUUUGGGAACCUGGGGAUGCGGGUGUGGAUCCCCAAGACUCAACUGCUCAGGGCAGCUGGGGCCAUAGGCUGGGUGCUGAGCCCCAGAGCAGCUCCCCUGGUACGUGCAGGGUGAAUUUGUGGGACAAGGUGUUGUGCUGGGGAUGCCGUGGCUGGGGUCAUGUCCCUUCACCAGCUCUGCUUUGCAGAGGCUGUUCAGGAAGCCUGUGGUCGCUCUUGCAACGACUGAGAACGGCAAACCUCCCACUGCUGUGGGGUGGGUGUGAGAUGGAAACAAAUCCCGCACGUAGGGCCGGGGGAGGGUGGGGGGUGCUGCGGCACACCUGGACUGGGCUCCCCGUGGUGAGGCUGGGUGGAGAAGGGCUGCCCUGGGUGUGCCCUGGGCUCCCAGCGGUGAGGCUGGGUGGAGAAUGGCUGCCCUGGGUUCUGCACCUCCUGACUGGGCCACCCCUGCCGAGCCCUCCUCACUCAGCCUCCCUCUGCACAGGUGACUCCCAGCCCCGUCUCCACAGAGCUGAUGGCCACCACUGACUUUUACCCCUGGGAGGACGGGUACUCGGGCGAGGCCAGCAUGUUGCCUGAGCUCUGUGAGAAGCAGCAGGUACAGGGCUUCGCCCGCACCUUCCAGCCUGCCGUGUACCUGCUGCUCUCGCUGCUGGGCAUAGUGGGGAACGGGCUGGUGCUGCUCACACACACCCGCUACCGCCAGGCGCGCAGUGUCACCGAUGUCUGCCUCCUGCACCUCGCUCUGUCCGACCUCCUGCUGCUCCUGACGCUGCCCUUCGCCGCCCUCGACACGCUGCAGGGCUGGUCCCCAGGCACAGCCGCCUGCAAGGCGCUGCACGGUCUCUACUCCCUCAACUUCUACAGCGGCUUCUUCUUCCUCACGUGCAUCAGCGUGGAUCGCUACGUGGCCAUCGUGCAGGUGCCGGCUGCCUGCCGCCUGCGCCCACGGGCUCGCCGGUUCGGCUGGCUCACGGCGGGGCUGGCCUGGCUGCUGGCCAUGCUGCUAGCACUGCCCCAGUUCAUCUACAGCCAGGCACAGCAGCACCAGGACCUCCGCCUCUGUCGUGUGGUCUUCCCCCGCGAGGUCUCACGGGCAGCCCGCGGGGCCACCAACCUGCUGCAGGUGGUGCUCGGCUUCGCGGUGCCCUGCCUGGUGAUGACAAGCUGCUACGCAGCUGUGGCACGGACACUGCUGGCAGCCCGCGGUGCCCAGCCCCACCGGGCUCUGCGGGUGCUGCUGGCCCUGGUGCUCGUGUUUGUGGCCCUGCAGCUGCCCCACAGCCUGAUGGUGCUGCUGGACGCGGCCGAGCUGCUGCUCCCCUGGGAGAUGAGCUGCGCCCAGAGCCGCCGCAAGGACCUGGCCCUGCUGGUCACCGGCGGGCUGGCGUACCUGCGCUGCUGCCUCAACCCCCUGCUCUACGCCUUCCUCGGCCAGCGCUUCCGCGGGGAGCUGUGGAUGCUCGCCAUCGACUGUGCGGGGUGCCUCGACCCGCGCUGCUCCGGCCGCCCCAGUCUCCGCCGGCGGACAUCGCUCUCCACCUACUUGGACGUGGUGUAGGAGCCCGGUGCCGCGGGGACUCCCCGGGAACAGCCCCGUCCCUGCGCAGACCCGCCCCGAUGAGCAGCGGGACACGGGCAGCACCAGACAACCCGCACGGCGCCUGCACACGCCUGGGCAGAGGGGAGAGCAGCCCCGCAGCGCCUGCACGCCCUGCGAGUGCCUGCCCUGCCCAGCGACGCGCGGGGCUGCGGUCCCUGCAGAGACCCUGCAAUGUCACCGCGCCGCGGGCCGUGCGAUGUUUCGCGUGCUCUGGGGUCCGGGCGGUGCCGGUGAGCCGGUUUGGUGGGUGCAACGCUGGGGCCAGGCAGGCAGCUGGUUCUCACUCUCACAAUAAACCCCGGACGAGCUGGCUCCCGCUCUCACAAUAAACCCCAGCGUGGUGGGCGAGCGCGGUCUCCGUGCGGGGUUUUGCGGG